UUACUGUACGCCUGCGCUUUGGCGAGCUCUGCGCAGGCGCACUUCCAACGUUUGAGAGGAGGGCGGGGUGUCGCUCCCUUUCGCUGAUGCAAGAGCCUAGUGCGGUGCUGUGAGAAGUAUCGGUGGGAGCUACGCUGACUCCGGGCCGUGAAGCCGACCGGUUUGACUUUUCAUCCCUGCCGAACCCGCUCGAACUACAGCCAUGUCCGGGGACGAGAUGAUUUUUGAUCCUACUAUGAGCAAAAAGAAAAAGAAGAAGAAGAAGCCUUUUAUGUUAGAUGAAGAAGGUGAUGCCCAGACAGAAGAAACCCAGCCCUCAGAGACAAAAGAAGUGGAGCCAGAACCAACUGAAGAAAAAGACGUGGACGCUGAUGAGGAAGACAGUAGGAAGAAAGAUGCUUCUGAUGACUUAGAUGAUUUGAACUUCUUUAAUCAAAAGAAAAAGAAGAAAAAGACAAAAAAGAUAUUUGACAUUGAUGAAGCUGAAGAAGCUAUAAAGGAUGUUAAGAUUGAGAGUGAUGCUCAAGAGCCAGCCGAGCCAGAGGAUGACCUUGACAUUAUGCUUGGCAACAAAAAAAAGAAAAAGAAGAAUGUUAAAUUCCCAGAAGAAGAUGAAAUACUAGAAAAAGACGAAGCUUUAGAAGAUGAAGACAGCAAAAAAGAUGAUGGCAUUUCAUUCAGUAGCCAAACUGCUUGGGCAGGCUCAGAAAGAGACUACACAUAUGAGGAGUUGCUGAACCGAGUGUUCAACAUCAUGAGAGAAAAGAAUCCAGAUAUGGUUGCUGGAGAGAAGAGGAAAUUUGUUAUGAAACCUCCACAGGUCGUCCGAGUAGGAACCAAGAAAACUUCUUUUGUCAAUUUUACAGAUAUCUGUAAACUAUUACAUCGUCAACCCAAACAUCUCCUUGCAUUUUUAUUGGCAGAAUUGGGUACAAGUGGUUCUAUAGAUGGUAAUAACCAACUUGUAAUCAAAGGAAGAUUCCAACAGAAACAAAUAGAAAAUGUCUUGAGAAGAUAUAUCAAGGAAUAUGUCACUUGUCACACAUGCCGGUCACCGGACACAAUCCUACAGAAGGACACCCGACUCUAUUUCUUACAAUGUGAAACUUGUCAUUCUCGAUGCUCUGUUGCCAGUAUCAAAACUGGCUUCCAGGCUGUCACAGGCAAGCGAGCACAGCUCCGUGCCAAAGCUAACUAAUUUGCUAAUCACCAUUGAUUUUUCCAAAAUGUGUUGGAGAUUUGGCUGGACAGGUUACCAUCAGAGUGGAUGUACCAUUGAGUUAAAAACAAGAUAGAAAAACUGCCAAGUUGUUUGGCAAGUGAUUGUUCUGAAAUACCUUGCAAGAUACCGAUAUUCAAGCUGUUGACAUACUCGUUGCCUACUUUAACAACUGUCAGAGAAACGUGAUGGGGGUAAGGAGGUACUUUUUAAAAUCGUUCAUAGACUUCUGUAAAAUGCAAGAUAAAUUAAAGUUAUUAUAACAGUAAUUCUUUGAAGUCGAUCUGUCCUUCAGUUUUCUUUUCUACAAUAAAGUGUUCGUUAAAUUUGGUUAAAAACAAAACAACAAACUUGAUUCCUGGGCUGUGGCAAGUUUUCUUUGUCCUCAAAACUGGCAGAUACUGGAGCUGGGCAGCCAUUUUUCCUUUUAGUGUCUCUUGAAGCUACAUGGCUAGAAUAGAUAGGUCUUCCCUUGAAAGAGUGGUUGGAACAUAAGGAAUGGGGCAGCGACCUGUUUUUAAUGUCUAGAAAAUGAUUUGGAGGGUUUAAUUUCCUUUUGUGAGGAUUACUGCUACUUCUUCCUAGCCAAUUCCUCAUUCUCUCACGUGACAACAGCUGAAAGUGCCAGGUGCUAGAUUCCUCCUCCUUGGAAUUGUGUUAGGCUAGUUGGUCCUCUUUGAGGAAGCAUAUAGUACAGACUUCUUAGCACUUAGGAAGCUUCUCCAACCUGUGCUCUAGGUCAGUAAAACUUCGUCCUCUGAAAUGCUUUUCUGUACUAAACUAACUUGAACGUGACCUAGAAACCAAGAGAUACUGCUUCAUGUGUGGUCUUUAUUGGGCCACAGGAGGGUCAAUCUUGUGGGUCUGUGCUGUAAUCUGCCUUACUUGCACCCACCAGGAUAAGGACAUAAACGGUGCUCAACUUUUCUGCCACCAGACUGUUAACUUUGCUAAAUGGCUCAAGAACAGUCAGUUAGCCCUGCUGUCUUGACUAUGUUGUUUUUAAUCACUGUGACCUCUGAAUUUUCAAGUAUAGGCCAAAUGAGCCAAGUAACUUGGCUGUGAAAUGGCAGAAGGAACCUUCUCUCAAGCAGGUAGGUCAAGAGAUGGGCCAUAUAUAUACUGAUAUACUGGUUGACCUGCCAUCACCGCUCACUGCCAUGUGAAUAGAACUGUUUAUGACUGCAAUUUCUUUUUUCUUUUUCUUUUUUUUUUGUACCUCUGCCCAUGAUCCCCAAUGUUGGCUAUAACUGCGUGAAUAAAGCAAGGAUCAGUGCCUCCUGUGUAACUAGUG